AAGUACAGGAAAUGACCCGGAAGUGCUUUGCAAAGGAAAUGAAAGGAAGCCUGCGACCCACUCAAGUCACACAACAAACUUUCCCCUCAUUUAAACCAUGAUUUAAGGCUCUGCAGAGCUCCAGACCUCCGUGAGACAGGCAGACAGGCAGCUAGCUUACCUGCCUGCUAACGGUGCUUCUUUUUGGACCCUGGAGACCCCCACAGGUAGACCUCAGGUCUUUUUGUGUCCUCCUUGAUCAUCAGACAACUUCAUCACCGCAGCUUCUCACAUGUUGUAGGGGCGAAGGUUCAGUAAAGCAUGGCGGAUGCUAAGAGUAAAUCGAAGCCUUCGUCCAAAUCAAAGAAACGUAAAGCUGCGUCUCCGAGCGUCACAGGGAUAAGGCCGGACGGUCGAAUCAAGAUUGGAAAAGCGAUUUCAAGGUGGAACACUCUGAAAGCAACGAUGGGACUGAAAAGUAACACAGAGAUGGCCCUGCAUCUUCUGCAUGUCAUUGGCAGGUUACCCUCCAGGUCAGCAUCCUCUGGAUCCAGUGAUGAAAGGAUGAAGUUUUCACAAUCUGAAGUGCAGACUCUGAUCCAGCAGGAGGUUCAAACUGCAGAGAAAAAGAAAGAGACCAAGCUGCAGAGUGUGAUGGAGAGCAUCCAGCAGCUGGAUCAUGAGGUGGACUACGAGAGCUCCAUCAAGAAACUGGAGUAUAAGAUCAACAAACUGACGAGGAGAGCAGGAGCAGCUUUCACUCACAUAUCCACGACAGAGGACGUUGGAAUCAUCAGGUCACGCUCUGAGGCUGAGACCAUGGACGCUGCAACACAGACAGACGUAUGGAGUCCAGGCUGGGCGGCUGAGAGAGGAAAGAGUUUAAAAAUGAUGGAGAACACAAAAGAGGUUCUGAAGAGGAUCCAAGCAGAGAAGGAAGCUCUGACGGCUGCCGUGAAAGAUUUAAGUGAAGAGCUCCCUCCUCCUGUUCUCACUCCGUAUGACUCUUCUCCCAGUCAGAGGGAGUCGGAGGAGGCCGUUGAGUUUGUGCAGUUUGAGCAGCAGAAUGCCGGGAGGGUGAAGAUGGAACGAUUAUCUCCUGUGGAGAGUAACGGCUCCAAACACACACACUCAGAGCAGGACAACCUGCAGUAUCCUCCUCUACCUGCCACCACCUUCCCCUCCACCCUGAGCAUGGCAGCGACCUCCUACAACAUCCCACAGAGAGUGCACGUCCGGCUGGCCCUCAUCAGGAACCCGCCCGGCCUCUCGGUGCUUUGGAACGUGGAGGAGGAAGACCCGUGUGCUCCACCCAUGAAGAAGUACAGGAUCUACAUCACCAUGGAGAAAGUUAAAGGCAGCGGCGUUUUCAGCGACUGGAACGUCCUCGGAGAGGUGCAGGCCGACCGUCUGCCCAUGUGCGUCCUGAUCAGCAAGUACAAGCCCGGACACAAGCUGUGUGUGGCCGUGGUGGGCGAGGACAAGUUCAGCAGGUUUGGACCCUACAGUGAGAUUGUGACUGCUGCCUUACCUGACUAACUCCAGGUGAAGGGGAGGAGACACAAGCUGUUACCUGAAGGUUUGAUUCAUGCCACGCACUCGUUUAAAGUCCCUCUGUUGUUUUAAAGAGGUUGACAUGAAGUAUUUUGGAGGACAGAAUGGGAUCGGACCAUACAAGUGUUACUGCCUCCGUGGUGCCCUGAAGUCAGAUGUGAAUCACCUGUUUGUUUAUUCUGCCUCCACUGUUACAAAAAAAGUACUGGUAUUUUUUUAAGAAGAUAAUAAAUCUGUUUUUAUUUAAAUGUAA